AUGUCUUAUGAAGGAAAUGAACGUCGGCUACAAGAACUAUUAGAAAACUGCUCAAGUGCUAGCUCCUGUGACUCCGAGAGCGAAGAAGAAAUUGAUAACGUUUCUCAGAGAAGUGAAGAAAGUGAUUCCGAACAAGAGGGUAAUUUGGAUAAUUUGGAAGAGCCGGAAUCUGUGCCGGCGUCUAAUAGUCAGUCGGCUGAGGUACAAAAUGGUCAAAAGAUUGUCCUAGACAAAGCGUUCGAGUUCGAUCUGAGAAUAUAA